AUGGCUCGCCGAGAGUCCACGAUCGGGGAUGAUGCCCACCUGGCCGCUCUGGGCGUGCAACAGGAACUGAAAAGACACUUCAGUCCACUAUCCAUGCUAGGAUUGGCAUUCGCUAUCCUUAAUUCCUGGACUGCACUGAGUGCUUCGCUUUCGCUAGCCUUGCCGUCCGGUGGCCCUUCGUCAGUCAUCUGGGGUCUGGUCACCGCUGGUAUAUGCAAUCUCUGCAUUGCUGCUUCACUGGCAGAAUUCCUUGCAGCGUAUCCUACGGCAGGUGGGCAGUAUCACUGGGUAGCUGUCAUUGCGUGGAAGAAAUGGAUGCCACUACUAUCGUGGAUCACCGGCUGGAUUAACGUAUUUGGCUGGAUGGCCUUGACCGCCACAGCUGGUCUACUAGGCAGCCAACUGAUCAUUGGGAUCAUUUCAUUAUACGAUGCUGCCUACACUCCUCAUCCAUGGCAUCAGUUCCUGAUAUACAUCGGGUAUAAUUUGGCCGCUGCUCUACUCAAUGCAUUUGGCAAUCAUCUCCUUCCUCACGUGAACAAGACAGCAAUCAUUUGGUCCAUUGCGGGCUUUGUGGUGAUCUCGAUUACAAUCUUGGCAACUGCGUCACCAACCUACAAUUCUGGCGACUUCGUCUAUCGCCUUUUCAUCAACGAGACUGGAUGGCCAGGCGGCGUAGCUUGGCUACUGGGCCUUCUUCAGGGUGGGCUCGGACUGACAGGCUACGAUGCCACCGCCCACAUGGUAGAAGAAAUCCCGAAUGCUUCAGCCGAAGCCCCUCGGAUUAUGAUAUAUUGUGUGGCGAUCGGCACCUUCACUGGCUUCAUCUUCUUGAGCUGCUUGCUCUUCGUCGCUGGUGACGCGCAACAGGUUAUCGAGUCGCCCGCGGGGCCCCUCGGCUACAUCCUAUACAACGCAACAAAAAGUCGUGCCGGCACGGUAUGCCUGCUAAUCUUUCCACUAGUAUGCCUUCUCUUCGCGGCCAUUUCGAUUAUGACAACCUCCUCAAGAAUGACCUACGCAUUUGCUAGAGACGGAGGCCUGCCCUUUAGCCCCUUCUUUGGACGCGUCCACAAAAAGCUUGGCGUGCCUCUUGAGGCUCUUGGCCUUACUAACCUAGUCGUUCUUGUCUUUGGGUGUAUCUUCCUCGGCUCAAGCUCCGCCUUCAACGCGAUUGUUUCGGCCUCCGUCGUCGCCCUUGGCCUUUCUUACGGCAUCCCGAUCGCUGUCAAUGUCUUGCGAGGCCGUAAAAUGCUUCCGGCAACUCGAGCGUUCAUCCUACCGGAGUGGUUCGCUUGGCCUGCCAAUCUGCUAGGGAUCGCCUAUGUUAUUCUUACCACGGUGCUGUUCGUGUUCCCACCCGAGCUCCCGGUCACAGGCAGCAACAUGAACUACUGUGUCGUGGUGUUCGCGAUAGUCAUCGCUAUCAGCAUGGUUCAAUGGUUCGUCAGCGGUCGGAAGAACUACACAGGACCUCAGGUUGAACUCGACAAUCAAGUCCUCACUUCUGUCAACAGUCCAGUCAAUGUUCGCAUGGCAUCUCAACUACAGCAGCAGGACGACAACAAGCUUAAGCAAGAGGGAGCAGCUUGA